UGUGGAUGAGCGCCUUUCCUCCUUUCCUGCUGGAGAGGCACAACCUCCCUGCGAGGUAGGUCAGUCGGGGAGAGGCCAGCUGGACCAGGGGGUUGGGGGGCGCGAAACAGGGAUUCAAACCCACCUCCGGCUGCUGGGAUGGCUCCCUGUCAACAAAUCGGCCCUAAAACCCUCUGCAGUGCACAAACCCCAUCAUCCCCUUUAUGGAGUGGCUCAUCUGGGGUCCCCCCCCCACUGAGCUUUUUAGGUGUUGGAUUUGAACCCAGGUCUUUCCAGUACAACUUCAAGCACCCCUAACCCACUUUCCCCUUUGGAGCUGAGCCAGUAAGUAAUGUAAACCCUUUACUCUGCCCGUUGCCCUUUACGUAGAAGCAACAGGGUGGCUGCCCGGCUUUGUUCUACCGGGGGGGGGCACUGCCUGGCUGGCAGGGUCGGCGUACAGCUCUCUCUCUCUCUCUCUCUCUGGGCCCUCCCAGCAAGACCGGCUUCUUUGUGGGAGGGAGGCACACUUUUUCCUUCGAGGAAGUUGCUUUGCUUCCUCCUUUCGUAAUGGGUGCCGCAUACAAGGCUCCUCCUGAACUUGCAGGCAGUCAGUGAUGAUGAUGAUUAACGGGGCUUCCCCGAUUAAAUGGAGCCACCACCAUGCCCUCCUCUGACCCAGGAAGCAAGCUGGAGUGCUGAAAGCCAAACCUACACUUAGUGUGGGAUUGAUAGGUGUCUAUGGCGGAAAUCAGGCGCGCGGCACCAUCCAGAUCUUCCCAAAAUGGGUCCUUCGUCCCUCCAGGUGGCAAGGACUUGCGGAAUUCGCCUGUCUUUGUUCAGAAAGGACCUUUGCAGUGUCAAGCGGGGUGUGUGUGUGUGUGUGUUUUAAACUCCACAUUUAGGUUCCUUUGGGUUCACUGAGGCUGCCCUCUGAGUGACGUUUGAGUCAUGUUUACAUGCAUCGAAACCAGGCUUUGGAAACCUGACGUUGCUGGGUGACGCUCUCCCAGAUGCUGGGAGGUAUCGUCCAGUAAAAGCCCACGAGGAUGCUCUGCAUCAUGAUGGAUGAAUUAGUCUGCAUCCAAAAGAUAGAAAACCUUUUGUUUUUUGAAAAGGUGGCGCUCGGUGGAUGUCCCUGAGAGAGGAGAUCGACCGGCGGGACCCCCGGGGCCGAACGGCUCUCCACCUUGCUGUUUCGUUGGGAUACCUCGAGUCGGCCAGGGUGCUCCUUCGACACAAGGCGGACGUCACCCGAGAGAACGCCCAGGGAUGGACGGUCUUGCACGAGGCUGUGAGCACCGGCGAUCCAGAAAUGGUCCAGAUGAUCCUUCAGCACCGGGAUUACCAUCAGGCGUCCACCACCCUCGGUGGCGUCCCGGAACUGCUCCAGAAAAUCAACGAGACUCCAGAUUUUUAUGUGGAAAUGAAGUGGGAAUUCACCAGUUGGGUCCCGCUGGUUUCCAGAGUUUGCCCGAGCGACGUCUGCCGCAUCUGGAAGAGCGGGGCCAAACUACGGGUGGACAUCACGUUGCUGGGCUUUGAGAACAUGACCUGGGGGAGAGGGAAACGCAGCCUGAUCUUCUGGGGCGAAGAGACAGGGAGCUGGGCCAAGCUGAUCGAGGUGAACCACGACGACCAGGUGGUGGCGACGGAGCACUUGGAAAUCACACAGCAGAUCCGGCGCCUCACCUUGGACUCCAUGACGCCGAAGACCCGGGAGGUGGAGCGCCGGCUGACGUCCCCCAUCAUCAGCACCUGCCUGGACACGCGCAGCAUCGCCUUUGAAAGAAACACGUCGGGUUUCUGGGUGUGGAAGACAGAGAGGAGCGAAGUGGUGAGCCAGUACGAAGCCAAGGUCUACACGGCCAAUAACUUGAACGUUGUGACCAAAAUCCGGACGGAGCAUUUGACCGAGGAAGAGAAGAGGCGAUACAAAGCCGAUAGAAACCCCUUGGAAUCUUUUUUGGGUACGAUCGAGCACGAACACGGCGCGCAGCAGGACCUCACGACAGAAUACGCCACCACCAACAACCCAACGGCGAUCACCCCAGAGGAAUAUUUCAACCCCCAGUUUGACCUGAAGGACAGGGACAUCGGGAGACCCAAAGAAGUGACCAUUCGGACUCAGAAGUUCAAAGCCAACUUGUGGAUGUCCGAAGACUUCCCUCUCUCGCUGGUGGAGCAGGUCAGCCCCAUCGUCGACCUCAUGGCCAGGACGAGCGCCCAUUUCGCGCGGCUCAAGGACUUCAUCACCUUAGACUUCCCUCCUGGUUUUCCCGUGAAAAUUGAGAUCCCCUUGUUCCACAUCCUGAAUGCCCGGAUUACUUUCGGAAACGUCAACAGCUGCAGCACCCUGGAAGAAGCGUCUCCUCCGGCUCCCGAAGGGGCCCAGCGGCCAUCCUCAGCCUCUGCCUUUGCCGUCGACCCGUCUGUCUUUGAGAUCCCCAAAUCGUACCGCGUUCAGGAUGACGGCAGGAGUGGCCGGGUGCAAGACGAAGACAACGAGAUCAUGCAGUUUGCCAUCCAGCAGAGCCUGUUGGAGUCCGGCGCCAGCCGGGAGGCCUUGGGGCCCGACUCAAACGGGGCUGUCUCCUACUCGGAGGAGUUCAACAUUCAGUGCCAAAGGUACCACCUGAGAGAUUCCUCCAGUUUUGAGCAGGACCUGGAGCGGGCCAUGGCGCUCUCUGUCCAGGAGCAGCAGGAUCUGGAGCGCCGGCGGCAGGAGGAGGAGGAGGCGGCCCUGCGCAGGAGGAGGAGGCGGCGGCCCUGCAGCAGGCGCUCGAGCGCUCCCUGGUGGAGAAGUCUCUUAGUGUCGUUUGCCUUUCUGGAGCUGCUCUACAUCAGCCUUUUCUCGCUGCCCCAAGCCCCCCCCGCCGGGCCCAUUGUGGGCAGUUUCUGUGGAUAA